AUGACGGGCACUGCAGACGUCUCCCGCGUGGAGGCGCCCGUCACCGUGAGAGCGUACCUGAUGUGUGCUUUUGCCGCCUUUGGUGGUAUCUUCUUCGGUUACGACUCAGGGUACAUCAGCGGAGUGAUGGGCAUGCCGUACUUUAUCGAGUUGUUUACCGGUCUCAAGCAAUCAGAUUUCCCUCCAAACUCCAAUAAAUUCUCCCUCCCUUCAUGGAAGAAAUCUCUAAUCACCUCUAUUCUAUCUGCCGGAACAUUCUUUGGUGCGAUCAUCGCUGGUGACCUCGCAGAUUUUAUCGGCCGUCGCACUACCAUUGUUGCAGGCUGCGGUGUCUUCAUCGUCGGGGUCGUGCUUCAAACAGCCUCAAGCGCCUUGGGUUUGCUUGUUGCUGGUCGCCUGAUUGCUGGAUUUGGUGUUGGUUUCGUCUCUGCCAUUCUCAUUCUCUACAUGUCUGAAAUUGCCCCAAAGAAGGUUCGCGGAGCAAUCGUUUCUGGAUAUCAGUUCUGUAUCACCCUCGGUCUGCUGCUUGCUUCUUGUGUCAACUACGGUACCCAGAACCGGAGAGAUACGGGUUCCUAUCGCAUACCGGUUGCCCUUCAAAUGCUCUGGGCCAUAAUUCUGGCUUCUGGUCUCCUUAUGCUUCCCGAGUCGCCACGUUACUUUGUGAAGAGAGGGAACAACAAGCGGGCCCUUGAGGUGCUCUCUAAGUUACGAGGAUAUCCCACCAACUCCGAUUUCAUUCAGGAGGAGCUUGCUGAAAUCAUAGCAAAUCACCAAUACGAACUACAGAUGGUUCCCCAGGGUAGCUACUUUAACUCAUGGAUCAACUGCUUCCGUGGCGACCUGUCCAACCCAUCCAGUAACCUGCGCCGAACCAUCUUGGGGACUUCACUGCAAAUGAUGCAACAGUGGACCGGUAUCAACUUUAUAUUCUAUUUUGGCACGACAUUCUUCCAAGAUCUCCGUACCAUUGACAACCCAUUCUUGAUAGGUCUUAUUACAACACUGGUCAACGUUUGCUCCACUCCAAUUUCCUUCUGGGCCAUUGAAAAGUUCGGCCGACGGCCCUUGCUCAUCUGGGGUGCAGUUGGCAUGUUUACAUGCGAGUUUAUCGUUGCAAUCAUGGGAGCUACAGCUGGAAAAGAUCCCCAGGUGGUUAAGGCAAUGAUUGCUUUUAUCUGCCUUUAUAUUUUCUUCUUUGCCAGUACCUGGGGUCCUGGUGCAUGGGUCGUCAUUGGAGAAAUAUUCCCUCUCCCCAUUCGUUCCCGUGGUGUUGGUCUUUCAACAGCAUCCAACUGGCUGUGGAAUUGCAUCAUCGCCGUCAUUACUCCCUACCUCGUUGGAACCGAUAAGGGUAACCUUGGCACCCAUGUCUUUUGGCUUUGGGGUGGCCUCUGCGUCGCUUGCUUCGUCUACGCCUACAUACUUAUCCCUGAGACCAAGGGACUUACUCUCGAACAAGUCGACCGCAUGCUGGAAGAGACUACCCCACGUACCUCUUCUAAAUGGGUUCCCCACUCUACCUUCGCGGCUGAUAUGGGCUUGACGGAGAAGGACACUGUGGUGCAGGAACUUAAUCUUACCCUCGACAAGGCGAAGAUGUAG